CCUAAACUCCAUCUUGAAAUAUAUUCAACAGUGACUUUGAUCAACCAAUUCCUGACUCUAAAGGAAAACAAUGGAAUUUUCAUAAUUUUUGUUUUGCACGGUUUUCCCUUAGGCAUGUGGGGAAGAGCCCAUGGAAGCACAGAAUAUCACAAGGGUGUCAGACUUUAUCCUCUUAGGAUUCUCACAGACCCGGGACCUUGAGAAAUUCCUGUUCCUGGUGUUCCUAUUUGUCUAUGUCACCACCGUUGUGGGAAACCUCCUUAUCAUGGUCACAGUGACUUUUGACUGCCGGCUCCACAUGCCCAUGUAUUUUCUGCUCCGAAACCUGGCUGUCAUAGACCUCUGUUAUUCCACUGUCACUUCUCCAAAGAUGCUGGUGGACUUCCUUCAUGAGGUCAAGACCAUCUCCUACCAGGGCUGCAUGACUCAGAUCUUCUUCUUUCACCUCUUGGGAGGUGGGACUGUCUUCUUUCUCUCAGUGAUGGCUUAUGACCGCUACAUAGCCAUCUCCCGGCCCCUCCACUAUGUCACCAUCAUGAACACUCAGCUCUGUGUGGGGCUAGUGGUGGCUGCUUGGUUAGGGGGAUUUGUUCACUCCAUUGUCCAGCUGGCUUUGAUGCUCCCCUUGCCUUUUUGUGGUCCCAAUGUUCUGGAUAACUUCUACUGUGACAUCCCACAAGUGCUGAGACUUGCCUGCACUGACACCUCCCUCCUGGAGUUCCUCAUGAUCUCCAACAGUGGAAUGCUGGUCCUCAUCUGGUUCCUUCUCCUUCUGAUUUCUUACACAGUCAUCCUGGUGAUGUUGAGGUCCCAUUCAGAGCAGGCGAGGAAGAAGGCAGCUUCUACCUGCACCACCCACAUCAUUGUGGUGUCUAUGAUCUUCAUUCCCUGUAUCUAUAUCUAUGCCCGGCCCUUCACCCCCUUCCCCAUGGACAAGGCUGUGUCCAUCAGCUACACGGUCAUGACCCCCAUGCUCAAUCCCAUGAUCUAUACUCUGAGGAACCAGGAGAUGCAGGCAGCCAUGAAGAGAUUAGGCAAGCGUCUAGUGAUAUGUAACAGGGAGUGAACUUAAAAUAUCUUGACUCAGGGGUGUCUGGGUGGCUCAGUUGGUUGAGUGCCCAACUCUCAGUUUUGGCUCAGGUCAUGAUCUCAAGGUCGUGGGCCUCUGCCCCUCCCCCCUCAAAUAAAAAAAUUAAAAAAUUUAAAGAUCUUCGCUUUAAAAUGACAAGUCUUCCCUCUGAACUUCUGUUUUCCCAUGUGAAAAGUUGAGGAAAGUCUUUAUAGAGUAUGACAUUUGAGAUGAAAUCAAUAUUUCUAUGGAUCCACACCUGUGUCAGGUUACUGUAUUCGGCACUUUCUCGCUUCUAUCUCAUUCUCAUAAAACUGAUAGCGGAUAUGUUAUUAUUAUUAUUAUUGUAUUAAAUGCUUUAACAAAUGAGAGAACUCAGAGAGAAGUGACUUGCUCAACGAUGAAUAGCGAGUGGCAGAGCCUGGCCGGGACUUGGUUCCUCUGACUCCAAGUUUAGAGGUAGGGCUAUGGGUGGGAUUUGAAACUCAGGAUCUCCUACAAACACAAGGGAAAACCUAAAGAGUUCCUCGGCUAUGGAUGAAUAUCUGUGAUAAAUGGUGAAAAAUUUCAUCUUAACCCUGGAACAAUAACACUCUUUUCGGUUCCCUGCUUUUAAUCUUCUUUCUUUAUCUUUGGAGUUCUGUAACUUUACUCAGCUAUGUCUUUGCAUUCAUUGAUGGUUGUCAA